GCCUUUUUACAAAUAAAAUAUUUUUCGAAGUGAUAUAUUUUUUAAUGAUCAAUAGAUGUCGCGUUCCGAUCGAGAGGGCUGGGACCCUGAGCAGUUGAGGAUUAGUGUCCAGGAACCUCAAAGAAUAGAACAUGUCUGUUCAUUUUUACGACCAGCAAAAUUCAAAUCGUCCCGCAAGAAUGAAUCAAAAGGUCGCAGUGUACGCGUGGACGAUGACUACUUCGAGAGACAACAGGAGUUUUCUUAUUAUCAAUACAUGAAUAAAAAUAAUGACUCAAUUGACCCGGCAUACCACGGGAAGUUGACAGGUAAUUUUACUAGUACAAAAGAAUCUUCAAACAAUAAACAAGAAAGAAGCAAAAUGACAACGAUUUCUCAACAAAUAACUACAAGAACUUCAAAAAAUCAGCGUAUACCUGAAGGCGUUGUCUGUCCGACUGGUCAACGACCCGCAAAAAUAGUCCUGAUCUAUUACUAUUUUCUGGAAAAAGCGCUUGAAUUCUUGAAUAGUUUCAUGGCGCCUCGCAGCCGACAACGCGUCAUUCGUUCCGGAUCAUCCGGAGGUUCGGACGAGGCAAAAACACGUCGAAGAUGCCGCGUUGUCUCCAAGAUAACUGCCUCUCCUCUCAUGUUUUUAAUGUUCACUCUUCCGUCGCUGGUGUACGGCCAAGACGAUGGAUUUUUCCACGACUGGAACACGACGGAGGACGCGCGAUGCUUCCUACAGCACGGCGGCUCUGUCGCUAAUUUUUUCAUCAAUGAGAGCUUGCCUGUCGGCUCAGUCAUCGGAUCUUUGAUGAUCGGCGGCGACGCUGGCGAGGGCGGAGAUAUUCACCUCACGUUGGCAGAUCGCGGAGUGCCCAUUCAGAUCGCCGACAAUUCCAAAGAUCUCAUCCUCACCGGCAGGAUUGAUAAAGAGGGUAAAGUUGGCCAAGCGCACAUCAUCGCCGACGUCGUCUGCAAGAAACUUGGAACCAAGGAUGCGGCAAUCAACAUCCCAGUGAUCAUCAGAGUAACGGACGUGAACGAUAACGCUCCGGUUUUCAUCGGUGCCCCUUACAAAGUCAAUAUUUCUGAGGCAACAGUCGUGGGCACUAUCAUCUUCAGUGACAUUCAGGCCACGGACGAUGAUCAAAAGGGCCCCUUCUCAACCCUCAAGUACACCAUCGGCCCGGGACCACAUUCGGAAUUGUUUGACUUCGAGUCUCCUCUGAAGGGUUCUCUGCGGCUGAAGCAGCCUCUGGACUACGAGACAGCACCUGUGUUUAACCUAACCAUCGUAGCGCAGGAUUUGGGAUCUCCGCCGCAACGCUCGAAGACUUUUCUCACCGUCUACGUGGCAGACAGCGACGACCAAAACCCGGCCUUCUCUCGGCAGCGCUACAUGGCCACCCUACCUCAGCCUGCUGUCAGAGGCGCUCAGCUCGAGGUGCAGCCUGAGCGCAUCUUGGCCAAGGACCGCGACGAAGGCAUCAACGCACAAGUCAAAUACUCACUCGCUGCCGACGUUCCUGAAGCCGAUCUCUUCAGCAUUGAGCCGGUGACGGGAAAUGUAUAUCUGACUCGCGAUGUUCCCAUUGACCUUAUCUCACAGCCCGUCUCGCUCUCUGUCUUUGCGACGCAAGUAGAUAACCCAGAUCGCAGAGCGGGGACGAUCCUGACGGUGUCACGACGAGGAUACAAGUCAUCGCAGCUGCAGUUCGUCAAGACUUUCUACAACGUCUCGGUGCCUGAGAACGUUCAGCCUGGAGCUCUCAUUGCCGAGGUCGUCAUCAACAGGAACAUUGAUGAGAACGUUCGCUUCCGACUUGAUGAUUCUGCUGCGGGAGUGUUCAGGAUUUCCCCCAACGGACAAGUGCGUUUAGAAACUCACCUUGACUAUGAAGAGAACGAGCACCAGGAAUAUGACGUUGGCAUCUCUGUCACGGAUGGAGAAUACCAAGACACAGCGACGCUGCAUGUGGUCGUGCUCAACGUGAACGACUGGGACCCGCGCUUCAGGUUCCCGCAGUACGAGUUCUUGGUGGGCGACGGCGUGCAGGAGGGUGCCGUGCUCGGCACUGUCCAGGUCGCUGACGGGGACAUCGGGGACACCAUUGAGCUCUCGCUCCUAGGGGAUGACGCGAGGCACUUCAGUGUAGAUGCUGGAGGCCACGUUAGGCUUGUUAGCCUUGAUGGCCUCAACUCGUCCGAGGCUCACGUCGUAGUCAUGGCUCGAGACUCCGGCCACCCGCCUAGACAGACUUCGGUGCCCGUGACUGUAAAGUUCCCGCGCGCUCUGACAAGCCUGAGUGCCACGUUCGAGCCCAGCUGGUGGUUCCUGCUGCUGCUCAUCUUCGGCUGCCUGCUGGGAGUGCUCAUACUGAUCGUCAUCUGCCUGGCCGUCUAUAUUCAUAAAAACAAGAAGUUCCGAGAAGAUCCGUCGGCUGCGCUGCCCACGAAGCUGAGCCAGCUCGUCCACCCCGCCAUGAACGCCUCCAAGGUGGCGCCCCUCAGCCAUUCUCAGUCGCGCAACGGCGGCAGAGUCGAUGACCGCAACGGAACGACGCGCAUCUUCAGCCAGACGCUCAUCGGCAACAAACACUCACGCGACAACACAGGUUUCACAUGCAGCGAAGCCGAGGACAACGACAGCCCCAACCUCUCACACCCGCAGCGGCGGCGCUACUGCAAGAACAGCGUAGCGCCACAACCGCCACACGGCGGCAGCAGCAGCGACAGCAGCGCCACAGGAGACGUUGCGUCGCUCAACGGCACGUCGUCCACAGCGUCCGUCGGGACACCAGAGUUCCAGAGGAAUGAACUUGGCGGAAGUUCGGACGGAACGGCCCGGGCGACAGGCGGCGCUCCGCACCACCGCUCUGGCCACAUUCCCCCUGCCCCUCCCCCACCUCCCCCACCCACCGGCACCUCCUCCCCCUCCUCCUACCACUUCCCACUCUCUGCAUCCUUCAGCCCCCGGCACCGCAGCCCCAGCCCUGCCUCCCCGUACGGGGAGUCCAUGUCCACCUUCUCCCCACACGUCCUCAGACCGCCGUCUGCUUUCUCCUCGGGAGGCGCAUCGCUGGCGUCGGAACACGGCGCGGUGAACACGGCGCUGUUCGACUACCAGCCUCAGCGCACCGUGUGGCCGCCGGGCUCCAUCCCCAAGCGCGUCAAGAAGUUGUCGUGGGAGGACGAGCUCUACAGCCAGACCGAACUAGACCCCGAGGUGAGUGUGACGCCCAUGCCACAUAGAGCGCCCCACCAGCACCACCACCAACACAGCAGCGACGCGCCUGGCCUUACUGUCUAUUUCUGAACAUUAAAGUGUAAUUAUCUGCAUUAGAGAGGGGCUUUUGUUGCAGCCACAGCGAUGACAGUUAUAGGUAAAACAUACCCGUUAUUGAAGUUUAAAUUUUUAAUUCAGUGAAAGGCGGAUUAUUCGGGAAAAAAACGGAAAAAGUUAGACGGAUUAUUAAGGACGGUUGGUUUUAUUUAGCAGUUGUUUCGACUUCCUGUGUCUUGCUUCCACGGACAAUGAAUUCGUUUUUGAUUAUGCAAUUUUAUAGCCGUUUUGUAAUGUCAGGAAUAUAUUGCAGCAAGACUUUGGUACAAUUUUUUUACGCACACACUGGACGUUAUUGCACAGAAAAUAUUUCCUAAUUUAAAACAUUAAUUCGUAUUAAUAAUUUUAUUUUCCUGAUUGAUAAUCCAAAUGUUUUGCCAAAUAGAAUAACGAAUUUAUUAUAUGAAUCACAUUUCGCUAAUUAUGAAUUUAUUUUCGAUAAACACGAUCUCAAUAUAGGUGAUGCAUUAACACUUUAUGUUGGUUCAAAAGGUAUGGAAGAUUAUAUGGGAUGAAUUUUAGAUUCAAUAUGGGAUGAAGUUCAACAUUUGUAUCAUCUUAACAGUAUCUUAUUUGUUUGUAUAAAUCAUCAUUCAUACCACAAUCCUGUUAAUUUAUGGGUUGCUUCUCUCAUUGAUUCGCUUCGUUUGGAUAGUCAUUUUUAAAUAUUUUAUGUAUAACCUUAUUUUUUAUGUCCUAUGUAACCCAAAUGUUUUUAUCUUAAUCUUAAACACUAAACAAAUUUUUCAAACUGACUAAACAAAGUUCGAACGAGCAAGCUCAAACAUAUCGGUAAACAAACUUUAAUCAAUGAAUUUGUUUAAAAUAAGAUUUGAUGUUGAUCUUGACGAAUAGAGUGAAAAAAUAGUUGACUUUCAUAUGUUACUAUAGAACAAUCGACACGGGCUUUGUAUUAUAAUCGGAAAAUAUUAUAAUUUUAAAGUAAAUUGCAAUAUAAAGUAGUAAAAAAUAAAAAUAUGUAUUAUUGACUAAAAAUAGUGCAUAUUAAUCUGUGAUAUACGUAAGUUUUACUUAGUGUGCGCAAAUGAAACGCUCGUGGCACGUUCUCAUGAAGGCCGCUGGUAAUUUUAUGCUAGUGUGAUAAUCACGUUGAAAAAUCCAAAGGCGUUGACGUAUAAUGUAUAACGGCAAUAACUUGAUUCUUGGCAAUCCUCAUGUAAGUAGUUUUGUUGAACGCAGAAUGCGAACUCUAUUUACGGCAAUUAUCCUGUAGAUAUGUAUUUUUGUACAUUUUCGCAUAAUUUGUCUACUAGUGUUGUAGCAAGUUAUCAAUAAAAAGUUCCUCCCUC